AUGGCUUCAGUUUGGAAGAGACUCCAACGUGUGGGGAAGCAUGCCUCCAAAUUUCAGUUUGUGGCAUCCUACCAGGAGCUGAUGGUGGAGUGCACAAAGAAAUGGCAACCUGACAAACUUGUAGUGGUAUGGACACGAAGAAGUCGGAGGAAAUCAUCUAAGUCCCACAGCUGGCAACCCGGCAUUAAAAACCCUUACCGUGGUGUGGUGGUUUGGCCAGUCCCAGAAAACAUUGAGAUCACUGUCACCCUGUUCAAGGACCCGCAUGCUGAGGAGUUUGAAGACAAGGAGUGGACAUUUGUAAUAGAAAAUGAGUCACCAUCAGGAAGGAGAAAGGCCUUGGCAACCAGCAGUAUCAACAUGAAGCAGUAUGCCAGCCCUAUGCCCACACAAACCGAUGUCAAACUCAAGUUUAAGCCUCUCUCCAAAAAGGUGGUAUCGGCCACACUACAGUUCUCUCUCUCCUGCAUCUUUCUCCGUGAGGGGAAGGCCACUGAUGAAGACAUGCAGAGUCUCGCCAGCUUGAUGAGUAUGAAACAGGCAGAUAUUGGCAACUUGGAUGAUUUUGAAGAGGAUAAUGAUGAGGAUGAGGAGAACAGAGUGAAUCAGGAGGAGAAAACGGCAAAAAUCACAGAACUGAUCAACAAGCUGAACUUUUUGGAAGAUGAAGAUCAAGAUGCACCUCCCGCUCUGGGUAUUAAUCCAUUUGACGAGGCUGAAAAUGACCUCCAAGAUCUCAACCACCUCAAUCCUUUUGAAGAGCCUGAUGAGGAAGUGACCCCUAUCCAGCCAGUUUCUAGGCACCAAGAAGAUGAACAUGAUUCCUCAAAUCCAUUUAAUGAGUCUGAAGAUCCAGACACACCAGGAAACCCAUUUGAAGACGCAGACCAAGACCCAGACCCCAGCUCUGAGCCCCCCAUACCCAAGCAAAUGAAAGCUGUGCGGCCUGUCGACAUGAGCAAGUAUCUCUACGCUGAAACUGCCCAAAACCGCAACGAAGACGAGCUUGAUGAAUCCAAUCCAUUCUUCGAGCCAAGGACAUCCAGCCCUGUACAACCUCCCAUUGGCAGCUCAUCUUUGGAUGUGGGGAGCAGCCAGAAGAGGAGAGCACCCCCACCCCCGAGUGUCAGUCCCAAUGCUGGCGCCACUGUCCCUGCUCCUAAACCCAGUCCUGAUCCAGACAAGGAGAGGGCCAGACCAGCAGGACCAAGCUCUGUUGCUGUAGUCAUGGGGAGAGAGCUGGCUUCCUGCUCCCCUAAGCCUAGCCCUAUUCCCAGUCCAGUAUUGGGUGGGAAGCCAAAUGCCAGCCAGUCUCUUUUGGUCUGGUGUCGUGAUGUCACCAAAAACUACAGAGGGGUGAAAAUCACCAACUUUACUACAUCGUGGAGGAACGGCUUGGCUUUCUGCGCUCUGCUUCAUCACUUCAGGCCAGACAUGAUAGACUACAAGUUGCUAAAUCCUCAGGAUAUUAAAGAAAACAACAAAAAGGCAUAUGAUGGCUUUGCCAGUCUUGGCAUUUCCCGUCUCCUAGAACCCUCCGACAUGGUGCUAUUAGCAAUUCCUGACAAACUGACAGUAAUGACCUAUUUGUACCAGAUCCGAGCACACUUCUCUGGAGAGGAGCUCAACGUGGUGCAGAUAGAAGAGAACAGUAGCCGCAGCACAUAUAAAGUUGCACCACGCACAACUUUAACCAGCACAAUAGACUCCAGGCUGGUCCUUGAGUCUAAGACAUCUGAGGAGAGACCAAAAGUAGUUAAGGCUGACACCCUGGACCUUGGACUCCUCCCAAAAAGAGUGGAGACAGACAUGCGAAAGGAUGAAGAAAGGAAAGAGUGUGGGAUGGAGUCGGGAGAUCCUAACAGAAGAGGAGCUUCUCAGUUGUCCUCAUCACCCCCACAACAGAAAUUGGGCUUUUCUUAUAACAGAGAUGCUGAUCUCAUUAAGAAGAAGCGAGCCAGUUUGCGCCACGCAGAGUCAGAACCGACAUCAGAGCCAACAUCAGAGCCGACAUCAGACGCCAGCCCUCCACCAACAAACCACAUAGAUACUGGCUCUAAACUGACCUCGACUCCAGUUCCUGUCAAAAGUCCUACAGCUGAAAAGAAAAUUCUUUCUCGUCAAGAAGAGCUCAAGGAACGAGCUCGACUUCUGCUUGAACAAGCUCGGCGAGAUGCUGCAGUGAAAGCAAGCAAUAAGAAUGUACCCAACUCUGCUUUUGCUGCAUCAGCAAAAACCUCAACAGUUUCUGAUGAACAAGACGCUGAACGGAGGAGGCAGCUUAGGGAAAGGGCCAGGCAGCUGAUUGCUGAAGCUCGAUCUGGAGUCAAAAUGUCUGACCUGAGCACAUUAGAUGCAGACAGAUCCAGAGGAACUAGGACCAGUCCUAUUGGAGAUGCUAUAGAUGGAGUGAGGGAUCAGCGUGAUGAGGACGAUUUUGAUUUUGAAAGGAGGGGUGAGGAUGAGGAAGAGUGUGCUGAGGAAGAGCAGUUCCAGUUUAAAUCUGAUCCAGCUGCACAUUAUUCAACUUCUACAGUUCCUCUGGUCACUAACCCACUGCCACUCCAGGCCUCACUUCCAAACACUUCCUCUGCACUGGGGUUGCUGGAGCUUACUAACCCCAGCUCUGAGCUAACCUCUCUGGGUCUGAACAGUAAACAUGUGGAUCUAAAGCUGAAUAAGAUGGAGGCUAAACCAGGAGCGACCUCACCUUCGUCUCCAUCUUCAACAUCAUCCUCUUCAUCGCCCACUGUGUCCUCUUACUCCCCACUUAGUCCAGUGGAAGGGCCAGAGAACAAAGCAGAUGAGCUUCGUGCAGAGCGUCUGCGGAGGGCAACAGAGAGAUUACGAAGUCCAGUUAUGUUCAAUAAAGAAUCUGCUGUCAGAAAAACACAGCUGAAGUCCUUCAGUCAGUAUGUGGAGAGCAAACCAGAAGUAAAGAGGCAGAAAUCCAUUCCUGAGGAUAUGAAGCGAACAGCCGAUGAGAGGGGUUCACCAGACUCUGAUAUUUUCCGACCAUUUGAGGAGGAGAAAGCGUUCAAAGACACCAGUCAGUAUGUGGUUGGGGAACUGUCGGCGCUGGAGAGCGAGCAGAGGCACAUAGACGCCCGAGCAGCGCGCGUGGAGAAGAGGCUGCGCUAUCUCAUGGACACAGGCAACAACAAGGAGGAGGAGGAAUCCAUGAUGCAGGAGUGGUUUAUGUUGGUCAAUAAGAAGAACGCUCUCAUCCGCAGACAGAACCAGCUGUCCCUGCUGGAGAAAGAGCAUGAUCUGGAGAGGCGCUUUGAGCUGCUGAACCGGGAGCUGCGAGCCAUGCUGGCCAUCGAGGAUUGGCAGAAGACGGAGGCCCAGAAGAGGCGAGAACAGCUUCUUCUGGAUGAACUGGUGAUUCUGGUGAACAAACGUGACGCACUGGUCAGGGAUCUGGACGCACAAGAGAAAGAGGCAGAGGAGGAGGAUGAGCACCUGGAGCGGACGCUGGAGCAGAACAAAGGGAAGAUGUCCAAGAAAGAGGAGAAGUGUGUCCUGCAGUGA